GUGAUUGGGCGUAGAGCGGGAGGUAUUCCAACCCAAGGCUCGACUUCACCUCGCGUCGCACGCCGUCGCCUCUCGCUGCUUCCUUUCCCUCAUCUCUGCGCCUCUCCCCGCUUUCCCCUCCUUCCCGUUCGAUCUCCCCCUCCUAGCAUCAUCGCCUUCGCGCCGUUUCUCCAGCCCUCUUCCGCCCGCACCAUUGCCUCUUCCCCGGUCCGCAUUCGUCUUCGGCGGGAGAUUAAUAGGGGAGGAACGCAAGGAGGAGAGGCGCGAACGGUAGCACGGAUCAAAGAGGGGCAGGCGGACUGGGCGCGCGAGGAGAGAGAAGCAGUGGAGUGAGGGGUAAAGCGGGGGAGUGGGCGAGGGCGGGCGACGAGGCUGGAGGCGGAGGCGGGGGCUGGGGGGGCAGGAGGAGGGGCAGGAAGAGGUGGCGAGGCGUGGGGGGGAGGCAUCCGCAUCGCCGCGCCCUGUGCUGAUCGCAUGAGCGCAUGAGCGUAACUUCCCGCUGCCGCGCUCCUUCUCGCUGUGUUCGCUGCGGCGCACACAGGCCGGGAUGAACGCCGAGGGCAUGGCGGAGGGGGCGGCGGGGGCGAUGGAGGCGGGCAUGGCGCAGCUGCAGCAGCGGCUUAGGUCCGCCGAGGCCAAGGCGGAGGAGGUGCUGCUGCUGAAGCAGGAGCUGGUGGACCUGGACCGGCAGCGCAAUGCAGGCCGAGAGGCCAUCACGGCGCUCAAGAAGCACGCCAGGGGGGCAGCUGCCAGGAGAGCAGGGGGGGCCGGGGAGGGCGGAACUGUGGGAGGUGGAUCUGAGGAGGCGCAGCGACCUCUUGUAACGCCCCUGCCUUCAGUGGCGAAGGGUGCUUCAGGAUUGGCUGGGAGUGCGGAGUGUGCGGUGUGUGGUGCGGUGGGGCAGAAGGAGCGAGUGUGGGUGGCGAUGGGAGGAGGGGAGAUGUUUGUGCGCAUGCCGCUGCACCACGCCCACGUGCAUGUGAAGCGAGCCGGUGACCUGAUCGAUGGGCAGAUGGCAGCGGCGCGGGAGAGGCAGAAGGCGGUGGUGCGGCGGCUGGCAGAGGAGGGCGGGCUGGCAGGGCGCGUGGGGGAGAGCAUGGUGCGCGCGCUCACCACACUCAAGGACGCCGCCAAGUAGCAGGUGGUGGACCACUCCCCGUGGGAGCGUGGAGUAGGUAGCUUCGGCCAUGCUUCCCUCCCAGCAUGCCGCAUGUGUGCGGGCAAGCCACUGUGUGCUGAGGAGACUCCGUGAGAGGCCUUCAAGCCUGUUCCUACCACCCCUUAUCAUACCUUAUGAUCCGACUCCUGUGCACCAUACUGAACCAUACCGGUACUACUAAAUUGCGUCAAUCUGCACUGUACAGUACCGCACGCAUCUGACUAGAAGUGUAGGAUCACGCCCUUAGAGCAUGAGCAACCUCGGCGGACACUAAAUGAAACCACUUGGAUGUUCAUGACAAUUUGUAUGCUUUAUCACGAGUGACAA